AUGCAAAUUGCUUUAGCUGCUAAAUACAUUGGUGCAAGUAUUGCUACAUUAGGUUUAGGUGGUGCUGCUAUCGGUAUCGCUUUAGUUUUCGUAGCUUUAAUUAACGGUACUUCACGUAACCCUUCUUUAAGAAGUACAUUAUUCCCUCAAGCUAUCUUAGGUUUCGCCUUAAGUGAGGCUUGUGCAUUAUUUGUAAGUGCAGCUAUAAGUUUAUAUUCUAAUGGUUUUGUACUUAUGGGUAUUCUUUAUGUUCUUAUUUAUGUUGGAGCUAUAGCUAUUUUAUUUUUAUUUAUCUUAUCAUUAUUAAAUAUUGAAUAUAAUUAUAAAGGAACAAUUCAUCCUUUAAUAUUUACUAUAUUAUUAAUAUGUUUAAUACCAUUAGAUUUAUCAUAUGAAACAUAUGGUAUAGUUGAAAAUGUUAAUAUAGCAUAUCCAUUCAAUGGUUUAUUAGAUUGA